AUGACCUCCUCGGCGUCCUCAAGCAGCUCUCCGAGGCCCUCCAAGUCGACUACAGAGCAGCGAAAUGGCAGCACAACAUCCUCGAGACUCUUGUCCUUCAUAGAUCGACUACCGCUGUGGAUUUCGGCCAACCUUCGCGCCAAGAAGUCAUGGAAGAUGCUCGCGAGGUGCUGGUUGGCGUCCUGGAUUGCGUUCGUCGUGCUCCUGCCCGAAAAGUCGGUUAGGACCUUGGGAAAUGCCGCGUUCUUCGCCCUUCUGGGCAGUAUGUUCGUGCCCCCUAACAUGCCCCUACAGAUAUUCCUAUUUGCGCUGUUUACGAUCGUGCUUGGUGUCUGCCUCGGAUGGGCAUUCGGUGCUGCAGCUAUGCAUGCCGCACUAGCUGCUCGUAGCCAGACGUUGCUUCGUGCAGCACUUCAGAAGGAAGCCCAAAGCACCGCAGGACUUGCAAAUCCCGAUGCUCUCUUUCAAGCGAGCAUAUUCGAGGGAGUGUUUUUAGAUACUCGUUCAUCGGCAAUAUUUGGCGCAUUCCUGGGUGUCGGCGUCUUCUUCUUCGCGCUCAUACGUGCGUAUGCGCCGCGACUAAUUAUCACCAGCGUUUUCGCAACUAUUGCCAUCGAUAUCUUCUGCAGCUAUGGCCCUCUUUUCCCUUUCGCGGAGUACACACUUAUGAACUCACUUCUGACGUCCCUUGCCUGCUACAUCGCCAUUGGUGUCGUUGUGAUCAUAUUUAUCUUCCCCGAAUCUCUUAAUCAUGCUGUGCUCACAUCCACCUCGGGCCUCUUAAGCAAGGUGAAGUCACUGAUUGACAUGCAAGAGGACGUAUUGAACGCGCCCAUCUCUGACCUUGUCGGUGAUGGACCGGUGUUGACGCGCGUCACUGGUACGCGUGUCGCCAUUGUCGCCGGCCUACAAGGAUUAAAGUCACAGCUACCCAUGCUGAAUCUAGAAUUCAACUGGGGUCGCUGGAACGGCGAUGAUGUCAAGGGUCUUGAUAAACAUAUAAGCACAGUCAUCCCCAGACUUGCGGCCGUCCAGAGCUUUGUUAAGCUGCUGGGGACAACUCUAGACACCUCAUCCAGCCCGUCGCGAGCCUCAGGGUCCGAGGCGCCCACCCAGGACGCGUCGUACACUACAGGAUCUAGCGGUGUCAGUGAUACGGAGCUCCUCCGCCAGUUGCGCUCUCGGCACCAUGCCCACUCCAUGGACAUCCCCCCCGCGGACCUGGUACCUAUCCUACGAGACGCGACGCGUCGACUACGCGCCGCGUGCGCAAGUGCGCUUGCCGCAUGUAUUUCUGUCAUCGACGUUGUCAACACGAAGCGGUAUGCGCGUGGCAGUAGCGCGGAGCUCGAUUCCCGUGCGGCCGAGCUGGACACCACGAUAGAGCAGUUGAGUUCGGCGCUCACGGCGUUCAAAGACAGUGAUCGGCUUGCGUUGCUGGAACCCUUCCGCGACAUCUUGGAGGCAGAACGCGCGCGCGCGCCGGGCGACGGGAAAGGCGAGCCGCCGCUGCGAUCGCUCUGCAUCAUGUAUGUUUUUGCGGCGAAUAUGGUGAUCGCGGGGCAGGCGAUCAAGGCUCUGGGGGAGUACGUUUCGACGACGGCGCACAAGCGGCGGCGGAACCGGCUUUGGGCGCCGAAAGGGCUCAGAAUGAUCGGAAAGGUGCUCAUGCAACGGGGCACAGACUCGGAAGGCGGGACGGGCGAGGACCCUGUGUCGUCACAGGAGAAGUCGGAGAAAGACGAGAAUCCAUAUAAAACGGACCCGGAUGCGAUGCCCCCGAGCAACAUUGUACAGAAGCUUGCGAAUAAGUUGCAUGUUGUGUAUCUGUGGACGAAAACGCCAGAAGCGAUGUUCGCGUUUAAGUACACGGCUGUAACCAUCGCGCUGUGGAUCCCGUCCGUAGUGAAAACCAGUGCAAGUGAAUCCCAUGUGCAGAAACGAAUGCCGAGUCUUGACAAGGGUUUAGGGUCGGCAAAGAGCAGAGGUAGUCCGUAUGGUAUGGCAGCAAGUGCUGGUGUCUUCUUGAUACCGCUUGUCUUCUGCCGGGUUUUCGCGCCGGUGCAGUACCUGCCUGGUGUGUUGAUGGUUUGCGCUACAUGGACGCUGAUCGUGGGUUACUCCUGGCUUGAUGGGCAUAUCCACGUACUGGGAGAUGUGGGCAUUGGUUGGCCCGUAGCAUGGCGACGAUGGGUUCUCGUUAUGAUCGGUUGUGCUGCGUCGUUCAUCAUGAUGAUCCUGCCACCGACAUCUGCGCGCAAGUCAGUCCGGCUGCGUUGCGCGUCCAUCAUGUCUUCUCUCUCGCAUCUAUACUCUCACCUCAUGGCCGCAUGGAUCGACGAGGUCGUACCUACUGAGGACGGGAAGGAGGGUAUGCCUCGGGGGACAGAAUGGGUGCAGGAUUUCCGCGAGAAAAUCAUCGCCGUAGCGCAGCAGCUCCAAGCUCUUAAAAUGCAGGCCGCCAUCGCGAGAUUUGAAGGCAACAUCCGUGGGGCGUGGCCGUCCAAGGAGUACAACAAGCUGGUCGAAGUCGAGACUGAGAUGACGGCCAAUCUCGCCAUGCUGGCUGGCUCCCUCGUUCAACUGGAUCAUGGCACGAAAGUGAGGUUGCUUCGUCACACCAGGGUGGUCAAUCCUAACUUCAUCAGCGAAGUGGUAUCGAUGUUUCUUCACAUCUCACAAUCAUUACGCACGGCAGAACCCUUGCAUCAGGCACAAAAACAGAAUCUAGUCGACCGCGUCUUCUACCACUCGGAGGGCCCAUAUCUGCACACUGUUGACGAGGACGCGGAAGCGAUGAAGCCCAAUCACGUCGAGUCCGUGAUGAGUUACGAUUUCAUGUUCUAUGCUAGCGGUGUUGUUGCUGUGUUCCAGUUGCUACAGAAUAUCAAUGAGGCGCGAAACAUAACUGCACGACUGUGUGGUGAGGUUCGCUUCGAAGGAUUCGAAGAGUGGAGAGAGAAGUAUGGACGGAAUCGUGCACCCGUUGUAUCAACCGGAACAACAGAGUCCUAGGUCUCCGCUAUGUGCCACUGCUGAUGAGUAUCCUACACACACACCUCAGUUCGUCUUGUAUAUUCUCGAGACUCGAUAUUUGCAGUUUAUCGCAAACAU